AUGAGGAAUUCGAGCAAGGAUUUAGCGGAGAAAAGGCAGGAAGCCAUAACAUCUGCUUUCACGAUUGGACUCUGCUUCUCUGCUUAACUUAUGUGAGACUCCCUCAUUCUUCUGCGUAUUCAUAUCUCUCGUAUUCCUUUUCACUAUUUUGGUUCUGCGAUUUGAUGAUUUCGGAGGCCGAUUAUUCUCCCAAUAUUUUGUUACUUGUCGAUUUGGAUGAUGAAGGCGGCGAUUCUCGGUUGUUCAAAUCUUCAGGUUGAAGAGAAGAGAAGAUGAGGAAGAGGCCGGAAGGGCGGCGAUAAAGCGCGCCAUUAGGGAUCUCCGGAAGCGGCAUUUUCUCGAGGAAGGCGCUCAUGCUUCGGCCAUCCUCGCUCUCCAGAGGGGGCCCUUCGCCGCCCAGGUUCAUCUCGCUUUUGCUUUUCUAGUGAUUUCGAUCCUCUUGAAGCCUCUUACAGCCUGCCCAUCACAAGAACUUGAACCCAUUUGCUUCCUCAUGCGACAAAUGUUACGAAUUCUGGUAUUUAUCAGAUAGACGGUAGAUUUUGAUUGAAGCAAUAUAAUUUUUUCUCUUGCCUAGGUUGCGAUGUUGUAAUACUUCUUAGUUCUCCAAGAGAAAAUAUUGAAGCGAUAAAGGACUCCGUUUUCUGGAAGAAAUUGUAGGGUUUUACAUUGGCCUUUCCACGUCUGAAAAUUUAGGAAUUGGUGUUCCGUAUGGGUGGGUGAAUCCCUUUUGAGACAUUUUGGGUGGUAAGAAGGUAGUCUCCCUUUUUAAUACCUAGGCUGUAUCCCUUACAGAUGGAUUCGCAAGGGUCAAGAUUUGAGUCGGACUAUUUAGGAAUUAUUGAUCUGUGCUGUGAUAAUAUCCAAGUGGCUGUGGAAAUGACACACUGAGGAGGAAGCCCAAUUGAUAAAAAUGCAUCAGUGGGUGGGUGAAUAUGAUCUGCUAAUAGAUCAACCUGGUUCCCUCAUUAGAUCUCAGGACUGAAAACUCUCUGUACGAUGAUGAAUUCCUUGCGAGAAUUCUAGUUAAGGACAUUACUGAAGAAGGUAUUUUAAGCAAUCUCUUCUACAUCUCUCUCUCCUUGUUCUUAUAUGAUUUGUAAAUCCUUGCAGGGUCUGGAAUGGAAGGAAAAGGCAGAAAACCUUGAAGUUGAGUUGCAACAAUGUUAUAAAGCCCAAUCACGACUCUCCGAGCAGCUUGUUGAUGAAGUUUCAGAAUGCAGAACAUCAAAGGCCCUUCUCCUAGAAAAAUCAGCGGCAGUGAUUAAAUUGCAAAAUGAGGUAGCUCAAACAAGGUUUGAUCCGUGAUGUCAGUUGCCCUCAUAAUAUUUUUCUUCCUAUCAAACCAAAUGUUGAAUAAAUUUCACUUACUGUAUGGUUAUACUACAGGGAAGAAUGCUUGAAGUUAAAGGAGGCUCUAGAUGAGAAAUCAAGAGCUUUUGACAUCGUCCUACGUGAGAAUGAGGAACUUAGAGUAAAGCUCGAAGAGCAGAUAUUAAAAUCUAGGAGCACUGAAGCUGAAAAUAAGAUGCUGAUUGAACGAAUGAUGUUGGAGAAAAUGAAAGAUGCGGAAAAACUUAAUGAGGUAUCAUGUUUUUCUGACACCUGAAACAAAUUCAGUAUUGGAUAAAAAAAAAUUAUUUUGCAAUGAAUAUGUUGCCUUUAUCUUUUCUUUUGCGAAAAUAAACUUUAACCUUUUCAUUUUUUUUCACUUUCAUUCCAUCAUGAACUUAUUUUAUUGGAAUAUCUAAUGAUCCCCUUAUCACCUGUUAGUCCUGAUCAACAACUUUUUUAGCUUAAUGUCUCUUCAGUGAAUAGAAUUGCUCUUGAAUUUUUAAAUUUAUACUUUCUUAACAUGGAAUGCUCUUAAAUGCUCAUAUUUCUUUUCAAAUGGGCAUUUUUGAUAGGGACUGAUAAGAUUACGAAUUAAACUAGAUUAGAUCACAGAGUUCAAAAGGGAACCCUCAGGAGCUAACUGAAAAGGUUAUGAAAUGGACACUUGAACAUCGCUUAUCUUCUUUGUGGACAAAUUAAUUUUUUCUAUGUUUUAUAUCUAAUUAUUUCAGUAGGAUGAAAGUCGUCUCUAUAGUCUCAGGUGUCUAUAGUCAUGGCAAUUAAUUAGCCCAUCAUUUUGCCCUAACCCUGUGAUUUAAAACCAACAAUGGGCUUCUGGUGAGCUUUCCAUACUUUCCAUUUCAUCCAUCCGUCUCUUCAUUUUUAAUUAUUGGUCAAGUGAUUAAUACUUUUCUGAUCCAGAACAUUUCCUCUUGCAAUCUAUAAUCCUCGCAGUUUCUAAUUCAUUUAAGGUCAUGUCUGUUUUGCAUUUGUGACAAAGGUUGCCAUAACCUCUCAUCGCUGGGUAAUUUAGGUUCCGGAGAGUAAAAAUGUGAUUCUCAUAUGAUAUCAUCAAUUGUGUGAAGAAGCUCAAGAAAUGCAGCAUUGACUAUUUGUCUUCGCACAAGGAGAAGAACCAAAGUUCCAUAAAAAGUUGACGAUCAAUCUCAUGGAGUACAAAAAGUUAAAUUUCGUAGUUAUUCUGUUCACUUUCUUGGAGCAUAAUGGAAUAUUAAGAUUUUUAUUCGUUAAUAAGUAGUCCAGAUUUUUGUCUGCAUUAAUGUCUCAUACCUUAUUAUACUGAUUAUUAAUGAAAAUAACGUAAUGCAUAGACUUAUUGCGGCUACUCAUGGACCAUAGUUUCCCUUCACAUCACUUUGUCCAAUCGUGUAUUCUUUUUAGUAGAACUGGAAGCUGUAUAGACUGUGAUCCUUAGAUGACGUUGGAAUGUGUAUUUCAGGGUUCAUUUCUCUAAACGUGUGCAGCAUUAUACUGCGCGAAACGAAUAAUUGACUUUCGUAUUUAUUCGUUUGAUGAUUAUACAUAAAUACAAAUAUACAAACUUUCGUAGUUAUAUAAAAUGCGUAAAAUGAUCUCAACGCUCUCAUUAUAUUUCAAAUAAUGUUUACUAUGAUCUGAUAUCGGUGUUUGAUAUUUUCAUGCAAAAUGUUGCAUUCUGAUUAAGAAUUUUGGACGCUUUUGAGCUGAUUGAGUUUUUAUCAGUCAGAGGAAUAUAAUGAGAAGCUGUAUGAUAACUCUGUUUAAUUAUUGGCUAAAGUCCCAUCUUGAUAUCAUUUUCAUAUUAACCUUAAGGAGGUACAACUGAAAGUUUGAAUCUCAAGCAUGCUCAUUCAGGGAGAGUCGUCAUACAUGCAAUGAAAUCAGCAGCCCAGUCUCUUAUGAACUGUUUGAUUGUCGGAAGAUAUGUAAUGAUUCGUCAACUUUCAAGUUCUUCAUUGGACUACAUGUAAUGAAUUAUUUAGAUAUGGUUGUCUCUCCGGGUUCCAUUUUCAUACGAGUUUGACUGAAACUUUUUAGCAUCACAGAUUCUUCUUAUGCACUUACAUAUCUUGCUGGUCAACGUUACAAAUAAAUUCUUUUUUGGCCAUCUCCACUAGCCGUUUCUACAGGAGAGAAAGUCAAACGACUGGAAGUGUAGAAGAAAACUACUGCUUAACAUAUUGGGGGCAAUACAGAAAUCCUUCUUAUAUGCUGCUGUGAUGGUUUCAGAUCAACGCCAUGUACCAAGACUUGAUGGACCAGCUCAAGGUCAGCAGCAUAGGGCAGCUAGCAAGGCAGCAGGUGGACGGCGUGGUCCGUAGGACUGAACUGGGGCUCGACUACCACGCAGAGUCAACCAUUCCAUCACUGUGCCGGCACGUAAUCCACGCCCACGACGGCGGGUGUGGUUCCAUAGCCUUUCAGAGCAACUCCACCAAACUGGUCAGCGGCGGGCAGGAUCAGAAGAUCAAAGUGUGGGACUCCACCACAGGGCUCCUGGCCACCACCCUCCAUGGCUGCGUGGGCUCCGUGCUGGACUUGACCAUCACCCACGACAAUCGGCUUGUUGUCGCAGCGUGCAGCUCAAACAAUCUCUACGCACUGGAACCGGCCUCGGGUAGGGCCCGGCACACGCUGUCGGGCCACAGAGACAAGGUCUGCAGCGUAGACGCUCCCAAGGUACCGAGCCGGCAUGUGGCAAGUGCAGCCUACGACCACACCAUCAAACUCUGGGACUUGGGCACGGGCUUCUGCAUCAACACCAUCAUGUCUAACAGCAACUGCAACGCGCUCUGCUAUGCCGCCGACGGGCUGACACUCUGCUCGGGCCACCUCGACGGCAAUCUUCGGCUGUGGGACGGCCGAUCGGGGAAGUUCAUCAACGAGGUGGUCGGCCAUUCCAACGCCAUCACUUCCAUCUGCCUAUCCAGGAGUGGGAAUACUGUGCUCACCAGUGGGAGGGACAACAUGCACAACAUAUACGAUCUGCGGUCUCUGGAGGUCUGUGAGACAUUCAAGGUCAGUGGGAAUCAGCUGGCCUCAAACUGGAGCAGGUCUUGCAUCAGUGCAGACGACAGCUACGUGGCGGUGGGAUCGGCCGACGGGGCCGUACACAUCUGGUCGAGGUUGAAGAAGGGCCUUGUGGCGACUCUAAGGGGCCACGCUGCCCCUGUCCUCUCCUGCUCUUGGAACGGGAUGGGGGAGCCGCUGGCCUCCGCGGACAAGACCGGAACCGUCUGCAUAUGGUCUCCAUGA